AUGUGCCCGUCGGUAAACCUCGAAAGAGAAGGCUGGUCAAAUCACAUAAUGCAGCGCUCGGAGCUGUUACUCAGAGAUGAAGCGCCAGCGCCUAGCUGUGUAGGCACACUGUCGAGCAGAGAUGAUCUGGGAUUGCGUAUCGCCUCCGUCUUUAUCAUUCUACUUGGCUCUGCCGUCGGUGCGCUUUUGCCAGUAUGGUUGGCGAGGAGCUCCAAACUGCGCGUACCCAAGCUUUGCUUCUUCGUCGCCAAGUAUUUUGGUACAGGAGUCAUCAUUGCAACCGCUUUCAUGCAUCUCCUCUCGCCAGCGUCCGACAACUUCCGGGAUGAAUGUCUUGAGCACAUUCUUCCAGAGUAUGAUUGGGCUAUGGGGAUCGGUCUAGCAACCGUGAUGGUCAUGUUUCUCCUCGAAAUACUCGUUUCACGCUUCGAUUUCGGCUUUCACUCUUCACAUGGGCACCAGGAACCCCCCGAGACACUCAUGGUGGAUAGUGCUGCACUGCGCCCGGUCAGCAGCCGCUUGCGAAUGCACGGCCGAGAACUUGUCCCAUCCAGCAGCCCAAGCGGAAGCCCCUCGCCAGUGGCCAGCAGCAUCGAAGGUGGAAUGUGUGGUAAACACCAAAUCCCAGUGUUGCGCCACGAAGUCAGUUACCCGCCUGGGGGUGAGAACCACCUGGGCCAUUUGCGAGAUCAUAUCGAGGGCGACGAGCAUCCCAACUUUGCGGGGCAGAUGACGGCCCUGUUUAUCCUCGAGUUUGGUGUCAUAUUUCAUUCCAUCUUCAUUGGUUUGACCCUCGCCGUCACAGAAAACUUUACUCUGCUUUUUGUUGUGCUGGUAUUCCACCAGACCUUUGAGGGUCUUGGUUUGGGUGCCCGCCUUGCAACGGCAACAUGGCCUCCGGACGCUAGAAGAUGGACGCCAUAUGUUCUCGGGACUGUUUACGCUCUUAGCACCCCUCUGGCCAUCGGUAUCGGGCUUAUAGCGAGCAGGUCGAUGUCACUGGAAGCUACCACCAGCAAGAUUGUCAAUGGUGUGUUUGAUGCAAUCAGUGGCGGCAUCCUUCUGUACACUGGCCUCGUCGAGCUACUGGCUCACGAAUUCAUGUUCAACCCCGAGAUGCGCAAGGCCGGUUUGCAAAUGCAAUUGUGCGCGUAUGGUUGUGUGUUUGUGGGCGUUUUCGUCAUGGCUCUCCUGGCAAAAUGGGCUUGA